GUUUUGAUGUUUCAUGCCUACAAUUGUAUCAUUCAUGUCAGGGUAUGACUCUUGUGCAGUGUGGAUACGUUUGGCUUUGGAUGUUGCUGUUCUGAAGGGCCCCGAGGCUCAGCUGUAUCUGUAUGGCAACUUGUCUUGAGGCGCUAGCGUCCAGAUCUGCAGUCAGUAAACACAUAAUAAUAUAAAUUUCUUGAACAUCAACUUUUGAAAUCAUCAAAAAAGUUGUUAUUGAUCCUGAGAAGUAGACUCUCCUCAUGGCGUUCCGUAGGAAGGGAAACAGAAAAGCCAGCACAACUUUACCUGGUUGUCGACCGUCUCCAAGCAAUGGGCUGCCAGUUGUUGCGUCAGGUGUACCUUCAUUGGACAAUCUGCUGGGUGGUGGUCUGCAUGUGGGCAGCUGCAUAGCGGUGGAAGAGGAUGAGUUUGGGUCCUAUGCGCGGAUUCUGAUGAAUCUGUUUGCUGCCGAGGGCGUUGUGAGUGGACAUUCUCUGUACGUGGCAUCAGCUAGUGUACAGCCAGCGUCCAUUCUUGAUCACUUGCCUGGCCUCGCAAACAGCUCCACCAAUACUUCGGCAGCAACAGCGACAGUGCAAACAAGCGGUGCUACAUCCGACACCACUGCUGGCAGUACGGCGAUGGGUAGUAUCCGAGAAGAGGAGGAUGACGACACAAGUGCUGACAGUUUGAAGAUAGCAUGGCGCUACGAGAAGCAGGCCACCGUUGCAAACAGUUCCGGCACACAACCAAAUCGAUUCAGUCACACAUUUGACCUUGGUCAUAAGUUGGAUAUCCCCAGUAGCACGACGUGCGGUACAUUUGAUGGACUAGUACAACCAUGCUCUAGCAAAUACACAAAGCUUCUCCAAGCGCUGGAUCAGUUUGUCGAGGAGCAUUCGCUUCAGGCGGGCUCGCCGAAUGUCCUUCGCCUGUGCUUGCAUUGCAUAGGUUCGCCACUGUGGACUGAGUGCGAUGACAAUGAUCCCCUGUCAUCCUCCGGUCUGCUGCAGUUCUUUCACGUGCUGCAGGCCCGGUUACGCCGCUGGUCAGCCGUUGCCCUUGUGACUAUUCCCUCGCACCUGUGGAAUGGCACUCCACUGGCUCAUCGUGUGCGUCAGCUUGUUGACUAUGCUGUGCAUGUAGAGUCGUUUGCCGGCUCCUCUAAACAGCAGAAUCCACUGUAUAAGGACUAUCAUGGCUUGUUCCAUAUCUGCAAACUACCCUGCUGGAACAGCCUAGCCCCUAUCCCGCUCGACUCCACUGACUGGGCGUUCAAACUCCGGCGGAAGAACUUUUCCAUUGACAAACUGCAUCUGCCGCCGGACUUGUCGGAAACCGCCAGCCGUACUCAAGAGGACCCCGUCAAGCCGAACAAAGCGGCCGCUGCACCUGGGGGCAGAGGUCACGGUCGAAGCUUGGAUUUUUAAGGCGAUGUCCUCAUUCAACUGAAUUUUUCUAUGACUCUCUGGCUGUGGGUGGUUAGAUAGGGCUGUGGAUUUUGUCAGCAUAAAUAAAUCCUUUUUACCUUGAAUUGUCUGCUUCUUAUGCAAAUAGACUGAAAUAGUGCCUUCUCUUUUACCUUUUCUAAUUUUACUACAAGUUGCCGGUGUCUUUCCCAGACAGGGCAAGACUA